CGGAGGCGGCGUUGCCGGGCUCUCCGGAAGAAGACGUGGCGGCGGUUGGGUCCCAGGCUCCCAGGACGCUUUGUAGUCCCGCCGCCUCCUCCUCCACCUCCUCCUCCUCCUCCUCUUCUCUUUGGGCAGAGGAGGUUGUGGUGGCGGCUGGAGAAAGCGGCGGCGGAGGAUGGAGGAAGGAGGCGGCGGCGUGCGGAGUCUGGUCCCGGGAGGGCCAGUGUUACUGGUCCUCUGCGGCCUCCUGGAGGCGUCCGGCGGCGGCCGAGCGCUUCCCCAGCUCAGCGAUGAUAUCCCUUUCCGAGUCAACUGGCCCGGCACCGAGUUCUCUCUGCCCACAACUGGAGUUUUGUAUAAAGAAGAUAAUUAUGUCAUCAUGACAACUGCACAUAAAGAAAAAUAUAAAUGCAUACUUCCCCUUGUGACAAGUGGGGAUGAGGAAGAAGAAAAGGAUUAUAAAGGCCCUAAUCCGAGAGAGCUGUUGGAACCACUAUUUAAACAAAGCAGUUGUUCCUACAGAAUUGAGUCUUAUUGGACUUAUGAAGUAUGUCAUGGAAAACACAUUCGACAGUACCAUGAAGAGAAAGAAACUGGCCAGAAAAUAAAUAUUCAUGAGUACUACCUUGGGAAUAUGUUGGCUAAGAACCUUCUAUCUGAAAAAGAACAAGAAGGAGAAGAAAAAGAAAAAUCUAAUGAGAUUCCCACUAAAAAUAUCGAAGGUCAGAUGACACCCUACUAUCCUGUGGGAAUGGGAAAUGGUACACCUUGUAGUUUGAAACAGAACCGGCCCAGAUCAAGUACUGUGAUGUACAUAUGUCAUCCUGAAUCUAAGCAUGAAAUUCUUUCAGUAGCUGAAGUUACAACUUGUGAAUAUGAAGUUGUCAUUUUGACACCACUCUUGUGCAAUCAUCCUAAAUAUAGGUUCAGAGCAUCCCCUGUGAAUGACAUAUUUUGCCAAUCACUGCCAGGAUCUCCAUUUAAACCCCUCACUCUGAGACAGUUGGAGCAGCAGGAAGAAAUACUAAGGGUGCCUUUUAGGAGAAGUAAAGAGGAAGAGCUGCAGUCAACUAAAGAAGAGAGAUUUCCAGCAAUCCACAAACCUAUUGCUAUUGGCUCUCAGCCAGUGCUCACAGUUGGAACAACCCACAUAUCCAAACUGACUGAUGACCAACUCAUAAAAGAGUUCCUAAGUGGUUCUUACUGCUUUCAUGGGGGUGUUGGUUGGUGGAAAUAUGAAUUCUGCUAUGGCAAACAUGUGCAUCAAUACCAUGAGGACAAGGAUAGUGGGAAAACCUCAGUGGUUGUGGGGACAUGGAACCAAGAAGAGCAUAUUGAAUGGGCUAAGAAGAAUACUGCUAGAGCCUAUCAUCUUCAGGACGAUGGUACCCAAACAGUCAGGAUGGUGUCACAUUUUUAUGGGAAUGGAGAUGUUUGUGAUAUAACUGACAAACCAAGACAGGUGACUGUAAAACUAAAGUGUAAAGAAUCAGAUUCUCCUCAUGCUGUUACUGUGUAUAUGCUAGAACCUCACUCCUGUCAGUAUAUUCUUGGGGUUGAAUCUCCAGUGAUCUGUAAAAUAUUAGAUACAGCAGAUGAAAAUGGACUUCUUUCUCUCCCCAACUGAAGGACAUUAAAGCUGAAGGAAAAAAAGAUCAUUGAAAGUCAUGAUUUCUUUCUGACCAUGUGUCUCAUUAUAGCGUUCUCAGCCAUUGAACCUCAUCUAAAGGAUCAUAUAAAAGGACUCUAAACCACUUUGUGAAUAUGUAUGUGUAUAUAAGAGGUUAUUGAUAAACUUCUAAGGCAGA